CUAGAGUAGAGGAGAAGGUCUGGGAGCUUUGGGAGAAGGGGAGGACAGACGGGAGGCGUGUUCCUCCGGAGUUUUCCUUUUCUUGCGAGCCCUCGUGCGCGCGCACAGUCAUCCCUUUGGUCUGGCGAUUGCGGACGGGAGGUGGAGACGCUCCAUCCCACCGGCUGGCCGGAGGCGGGCGGCUCGGGGAGGACCUCCCCAGAGAAGCCGUGCCCAGGAAGUUUUGCGAAGCAGAGGCAGCGGUGCAGCCGGGGCCGCUGCCGCGCCGGAGCCCGGGACACUCGCCACCCACCCUCGCCGCCUCGGCUUCCUCUCGCCCAGGCGCCGCGCGCGGACCGGGCAGCCGUCCGCGCCCGCCGAGCUCCACGGUAGAAGAAGGAAAAAAAAAAAGGGUGUCAAAGCAGAAGGAUAAGAGACCUGUUCUCAAGUGUGCAUCAAGAUGGAAACCUUUUGCCUCAGGGUGUUGUUUGGGUUGGCGCUGGUUGGAUGUGUCAUCAGUGAUGAUCCUGAGAGCUACAGCACAAAUCUAAGCACCCGUGUGGACGAUUUCACCACUUUUCCUGGGACGGAACUCAGCUUCAUGGUUACCACACAUAGACCCACGAAUUUGGCCCUCCCCAACAAUGGCUCAAUGCACAACUAUUGCCCACAGCAGACUAAGAUUACUUCAGCUUUCAAAUACAUUAACACUGUGAUAUCGUGUACUAUUUUCAUCGUGGGAAUGGUGGGGAAUGCAACCCUGCUCAGGAUCAUUUACCAGAACAAGUGCAUGAGGAAUGGCCCCAACGCACUGAUAGCCAGCCUUGCCCUCGGAGACCUUAUCUAUGUGGUCAUUGAUCUCCCUAUCAAUGUAUUUAAGCUGCUGGCUGGGCGCUGGCCUUUUGAUCACAAUGACUUUGGCGUAUUUCUCUGCAAGUUGUUCCCCUUUUUGCAGAAGUCCUCAGUGGGGAUCACCGUCCUCAAUCUCUGCGCUCUCAGCGUUGACAGGUACAGAGCAGUUGCCUCCUGGAGUCGUGUUCAGGGAAUUGGGAUUCCCUUGGUCACAGCCAUUGAGAUUGUCUCCAUCUGGAUCCUUUCUUUUAUCCUGGCCAUCCCCGAAGCAAUCGGCUUCGUCAUGGUGCCCUUUGAAUACAAGGGUGAACAGCACAAAACCUGUAUGCUCAAUGCCACGUCAAAAUUCAUGGAGUUCUACCAAGAUGUUAAGGACUGGUGGCUGUUUGGGUUCUACUUCUGCAUGCCCCUGGUGUGCACCGCGAUCUUCUACACCCUCAUGACUUGUGAGAUGUUAAACAGAAGGAACGGCAGCCUGAGAAUUGCCCUCAGUGAACACCUGAAACAGCGUCGAGAAGUGGCAAAAACAGUUUUCUGUUUGGUCGUAAUUUUCGCUCUGUGCUGGUUCCCUCUUCAUUUAAGCCGUAUUUUGAAGAAAACCGUGUAUGAUGAAAUGGACACGAACCGGUGUGAAUUACUUAGUUUCUUGCUGCUCAUGGAUUACAUCGGUAUUAACUUGGCAACCAUGAAUUCAUGUAUAAACCCAAUAGCUCUAUAUUUUGUGAGCAAGAAAUUUAAAAAUUGUUUCCAGUCUUGCCUCUGCUGCUGCUGUUACCAGUCCAAGAGUCUGAUGACCUCAGUCCCCAUGAACGGAACAAGCAUCCAAUGGAAGAACCAUGAACAAAACAACCAUAACACAGAGAGGAGCAGCCAUAAGGACAGUAUAAACUAAACAUCUUAAGGAACAUUCAUCAAUAUACUUCAAAUCCUAUUGGAGAAAAAAAAACAAAUCAACACAACAACUGCAUCUCCAGAAAUCUCUUCUUCCAUCCUUCUCCCAUGACUCAGUACCACCCCCUGGAAAAAUGUUUUCCAAAACACUGAAGGGUUGACUGGUUUAUACCCACAAAUACAAUGAAUCUUACUGUGAUUUAUCUAAUUUACAUAUUCUGCAUGUUAUAUUCAGCCCUAAAAAAUGGUGGGAGUUGGCAGGGGAAAGGAGAUUGUUCAGUUAAACCAGAAAGAUAUAUACUAUCUUUGCAUGAAAAUAGAGUUUUCGAGUACGUGGCUAGCUUUCGUGGCGGUUCUGUAGAAUGUUCCGUAAGAACUGGUCACCAUGAAAAGCUUAGAAAUUAUAACAAGGUUUUCUAUUUUUUUAAAGUAAUUUUGUUUUUUUGGCCAAACACGAUAUGGGUUUAAGUCUCCUUUAUUUGAAAUGUCAUUCAGUGCCAGUAUUUUUUAACUGCAUAGUUGCCUAUACAAAUGAUCAUUUGAGCUUAUUUACACAUAUUUUGCCCCCCAAAAAGAAGAAGACAUAAAAUGGACUUCAGGUGAGCAAUUAGGUUAAUGUUUCUCAUGUCACUGGCUUAUUUUUAAAACAUAAAUUCUCAAGCUGCAAGAGCUUACAAGAACUUAAAGCACAGACCGAUAUCCACAUAUGGCAGUUUAAUAGCUGCUAUUCAAACAAUUUUUCAGAAUCUAUAUUUUCUUUUUUAAUGGUGUUUCAUUACAGGAGACCUUGUGCAUAUUUUUAUGUUAAAUUUAAAAAUAAUGCUUGAAUGAAAUAGUUCUAUUUUUCAUAAGCCCAAUUUUUUUAAUGGAAGCAUGUUAUGUAAAAUCAAUACCAUAUACUAAAAUUUAAAUGUAUGUGUCAUUUAACUAUGCUCAAGACUUUCAGUGCAAUGCACAGAAGUCCAAAGCACAGCCAGGAGAAAAGGACUGAGUAUUUUUAGAUUUGGAAAUUUUCACUGAGGUUUAUUUUUGGUUUUAGUAACAUGUAUACGUGUGUAUAUGUAUGCAAAUGUACAUACAUAUAUACAUAUAUAUGUACACAAAUCACCUCAUAGUCUCUUGAUUGCUUUUAAAAUGUUAACUGGCAGUAAGACUUUUUCGGUCAUUCCCUUUUUCAUAUAGGAAUACAGGAAACAUAAUUUCAAAGAGUCCAGCUGAGUUUAUCAUGUCAGUGAAAUAUAAUUGCCACCAUGAACUUAAGGUUCUCUGGAUUUCCAGUAUGCACCUUAACACCUCCCUCACCCCAACUCCUCACAUAGUCACCAUUUCAAGAGGCCCACAGUGAUUUCUGCUGGGCAUUUUCCAUGAUGUUUACAGACUGUGAGUAGAGCAGAAAAUCUUUUACUGUGUGUAUAUAAACAUAU